CAGGAGCAUUGUUUGUAGUGGGUGCCGGCUCCGGCGGCGGCUGCUGGUGGUGGUGUCGGUGGCGCCGCGUCUGCUGUCCGCCGCCAGCCCACCCCUUCCCCUCCCGGCUCCCCGCGCCGCCCUCCGCUCGGCCUGAGGGGCCUCGAACUCCACACGCGAACACCCCGUCAGAUGAUUGGCAGGGACGUGCCCGUUCCACGACUGGGCUCCGGCAGGUCCCUGGAGGGGGAUGGCACGCCGCGGCCAUCCAUGUUCCACCAAGGGGGCUUCUGGUGAAAAAGCACCCUGGCUUUCCCCCCUACCCUCCUCGCGGGCUGGCGAACCGACUCCCCCUCCAUCCGUCUGUCUCUCCCCUCCUCUUGACAAGUCGGGGAGGGAGUGGGAACACGCUACCUCAGGAUGGACCGUAUGACAGAGGACGCCCUGCGCCUAAAUCUCUUGAAGCGGAGCCUGGACCAAGCCGACGAGCGGGAUGACGUCCUGGCCAAGAGGCUGAAGAUGGAAGGGCAUGAGGCCAUGGAGCGCCUCAAGAUGCUGGCGCUGCUCAAGAGGAAGGACCUGGCGGGCAUCGAGGUGCCCCAUGAGCUGCCCGUCAAGCAGGACGGCCUGAAGGUCUAUGAGGAGAAGCUGAAUGGGAACAUGAGGCCCCACACGGACAGCCGGUCUUCGGGGAGGCCGGGGAAGGAAAACAUCAAUGAGGAGCCAGUGGACAUGAGCGCAAAGAGAAGCAGUGACCAGGACAGGGGACGGCUCACCCCCUCGCCAGACAUCAUUGUCCUUUCUGAUAAUGAGGCCUCCAGUCCCCGAUCCAGUUCCCGCAUGGAAGAGAGGCUCAAGGCUGCCAAUCUGGAAAUGUUCAAGGGCAAAGGCAUUGAGGAGAGGCAGCAGCUCAUCAAGCAGCUGCGGGACGAGCUGCGGCUGGAGGAGGCCCGGCUGGUGCUGCUGAAGAAGCUACGGCAGAGCCAGCUGCAGAAGGAGAAUGUGGUUCAAAAGACUCCGGUUGUCCAAAACGCAGCAUCUAUUGUCCAGCCAUCUCCUGCCCAUGUCGGACAGCAGGCUCUGUCCAAACUUCCCUCCCGGCCUGGAGCUCAAGGGGUUGAGCCCCAAAACCUCCGAACAUUACAGGGUCACAGCGUCAUCCGGUCCGCCACCAACACGACCCUCCCCCACAUGCUUAUGUCGCAGCGCGUCAUCGCACCAAACCCCGCCCAGCUCCAAGGGCAACGUGUCCCUCCGAAACCGGGCCUCAUCCGCACCACCACUCCAAGCAUGAGCCCCGCCAUCAGCUACCAGCCACAGUCCAGCUCGGCCGUCCCCUGCCAGCGCACCACAUCGUCCGCCAUCUACAUGAACCUUGCCUCCCACAUCCAGCCGGGCACGGUGAACCGGGUGUCGUCACCCCUGCCUAGCCCCAGCGCACUCAAUGACGCCGCCAACUCCCAGGCGGCCGCCAAGCUCGCCUUGCGCAAGCAACUGGAAAAGACUCUCCUGGAGAUCCCGCCCCCCAAACCGCCCGCCCCUUUGCUCCACUUCCUGCCCAGCGCAGCCAACAGCGAGUUCAUCUACAUGGUGGGGCUGGAGGAGGUCGUGCAGAGCGUCAUUGACAGCCAAGGCAAAGGUUGUGCUUCCCUCUUGCGAGUGGAGCCCUUUGUUUGCGCCCAGUGCCGCACAGACUUCACCCCGCACUGGAAGCAGGAGAAGAACGGCAAGAUCCUGUGUGAGCAGUGCAUGACCUCCAACCAGAAGAAGGCGCUUAAGGCUGAGCACACCAACCGGCUGAAGAACGCCUUUGUCAAAGCUCUGCAGCAAGAGCAGGAGAUAGAGCAGCGGUUGCAGCAGCAGGCAGCAUUGUCCCCCACCGCCACUCCCGCCAGCGUGUCCAGCGUUAGCAAACAGGAAAGCAUCAUGCGACAUCACACACUCCGCCAGGCACCGCAACCCCAGAGCACCCUGCAGCGUGGGAUCCCCACCUCGGCCCGCUCCAUGCUGUCCAACUUUGCGCAGGCCCCGCAGCUUUCCGUGGCGGGAGGCCUUCUCGGCAUGCCAGGUGUCAACAUCGCCUACCUGAACGCCGGGAUCGGGGGCCACAAAGCGUCAAGCCUGGCGGACCGGCAGCGGGAGUACCUUUUAGAUAUGAUCCCGCCACGCUCUAUAUCGCAGUCCAUCAGCGGGCAGAAAUAACGCCAGCUGCGCCCCCCUCCCCACCCUUUCCCCACCCACCUGCCCCCCCCCUCUCAUCCGUCGCAUGCAGUGCCUGUACUGGUGCCUACCAUAUGUGGAGGAAAAGACAAAAAACGAAAAAAGACAAAAAAGAAGACGACAAAAAAAACCCACAAAAAAUGAGAAAAAAAGACAAGAACAUUUAAAAAAAACAACACUUCAGUGACCUGCCCUCUUCCGGAACCAACUCUCCCUCCCGCUUCUCUUCUCAUCUCCGGAUUUUGUUUGCGGGGAGAGGCCAGGCGCCCCCGUCCCUCCUCCCUCCCUCCUUCGCUCCGUUCCCGAGGUCAGAACGCGUCUGCUUGGAUCCUGCACUAUACACUAUGUUAAUGCUUUGUUUUACGCUCCCUUUUAUUUUAUUUUUUAAUUUGUAAUGAUAACGCGUAGAAUUUUUAAACUUGUUGUGUUCUUAUUUUUAUUUCCCUUUGGCUUAAAACGGACGGCUGAGAGAGAGAGCGCACCUUUUCUUUUUUGUUUCUUUUUUUAAAAAAGGAAAUCUUUCUUGAAACUUUGAAAGGCUCCUCCUCCCGAAAGCUGAUCGGGGCUGACUCAGGGCUUUCGGCAGAGUUGUUCCAGGGGCACCCCAAGGUGGGGAGGUGUGGGCCACCCCCAUGGGUGUGGCCGACCAUCUAGAAGGCACAGCCCUGGAAGCCGACGGCGUCUCAGAGAGUCAUCCCUGGUUUGGGUGGGUUUCUUUGUUUCCAAAGGAGUGGGCUAGAGGGGCAUGAGCUGGUUGUUGGCAGAGCAGGGCACGCGUCUCUGAAACGUCCGUGCCAGGGAACAGACACCGCCUACGCUCUUGGAGACGGGCCUCCGAAGACGAACUCUGCUGGGUGCUUUCAAACGCUCUUUGGCUCUCUUCACCCCUCUGACCUGUCGGCUUCCCCCAAGCCUGCCACCCUGUCCGGUCUCUGUUACACCGCCCCUUUCCCAGACCAAAGGAGCUCCAGGCAUCACGUCGGUUCCCCAAAAUGUUUCUCCGCGGAGCCAUCUCUUCGCUUGUCUCUCCUGUGCCGCGAAGGCCACCGUUGACAGGCCAGGAACAUCUUGCAGCGUUGCGUCGGCGGAGGAUACCAGGAUGUGUAACCGGCUUUCUCUGCCCACCCUUCAGUUGCCGGGGGAGCUUCAGCGAGAGAGAGAGAGCGCGAAAUGUUUCAAGGUCCGCCACUGCCACCCGAGUCCUCGAGAUCAGCCCCAGAGGCGUUUCCCUGACAUCGGACCCUCGCGAGCGGAGAGCGAAUUGCUCAGUCACACCCCAGGCCGCUGCAGGAGCUCUUUGAGCUGUACUCCACCCUGCUCUGCUUUGUUUAAAUUUUCUGCUUUUUCUUCUCUGCUCCUCCAGUCGUGUCUCCAGUCUGAAGCGAUGGGGAGGGAAAGGGAGCGUCCCUCUCUCCCUCUCGGGGUUCCCCCUCCCCGCCGGUCUUUUUUCACUCGCGUCCCCCUUUCGGAAGCACUGAAUCAAGGACCCCAAAGCCCCCUGAACUCGCGCACACAGGCAUCCCAGCCGGCACUCCCCACCAGGUCUGUGGUAUCCCCUCCCCAUGCCUGUGCUUCCUCUCCCUCCCCCCAAUCACUGAGCACUUAACAAAGAAACAGAGGUGGGGGGAACCGCCCAUGCGUUGGGAGGGGCCGCCAGAUACUUUUCAUAAGCUAGCAGCAGGUUAGCAUUGCAGGUGUGUGUAGAUCAGGAUAGCUAACUCUGAGGUUCACCCGCUCUGAUGUUGCCAGGCCAGUUGUCCCAUCAUCCCUGGGUUAUGGUCCAAGCUCCCUGGAGCUGGUGGAAGUUGGUGUCUGGCCGCAUCUUUGAGGGCCACGAGGUUAACUAUCAAUAUAUACAUACAUAUAUAUAUACACACACACACACGCAAGACAAGCAACCCAAUAGUUUCUGUUUCACUGGAAAGCUUUUUCUUUUCGCUCCAGGAUCCUUCCGACUGUCACGAUGCCGGAAGGAAGGUUUCUGCGUCUUAAGAUAUCUCCUCCACGUGCUACACCCUUCCUUGCCUCCUUGAGGACCCCGACCCCUCACCCACCCUCCCCAAUUUGCUUAAAUUGGAUCUACGAUCUUCCCUCACCCCAAAACAAGUGCCAUUGUCCUCCCCGCACCCCUUCCCCCUUUAGAAUCGGGCGUUGCCAGGUGUGAACCAGUUCCAGCCACCUAGUGUUAUUGGGGAGGGGGCGGGUAUCCUUUUGGUCUUGUGUUGUUGUUUUCUAUUAAAAAAUAAUAAUACGGUGAUGUAAGAAAUGUGCAAUAAUUAUUGCCUCUGCCUUUCAGGGCCCAGGCAGAGGCUUUGGUGGCAAGCAUUGAAUGGUAGCAAACCAGCCACUACUUUGGAGUUUUGGGGGUGGGAAGGCAAGGAUUAGCCACUCCCCCCCUCCCCACCGCCAUCACCACACUGGGGUGGCAUAUAUGGCUUUGGCAGUAGGGCAGAGGACUCCCCCCACCCCGCCCCCUGGAAGAAUCCUGCCUAUUGAAUCAGUGCUUCUCUCAUUCUCUGGCUCCCGCCAGUCUUUUCCUACCCCAAAGGGUGACCCCCCAACAAAGUUCUGCUCCGAUGAGGCUCUUUGAAUUGAAUGGACCUAAGCUAGUCAUCUCCCACCCACCAGGGCUGUUCUAAAAACUAGUAACGACCCAAAGUUUGCUGUUGUAGACCAUCCAGCCAGAACUUGUUCUCUUCCACACUCUUUCUGUUGGGGCCACCUUUUGCCCUGCCUGCAAAAUGUCCCUCUCCAAAAGGAGCCUGGAAGUCUGCUCAGCAGACCAGCCCGAGGACCACAGAAGAGGGUCUUCCCGGUGGUAUUAGCAGCCAGCCUCCUUGCAGAAUAAAUUCGCUCCUGGCUCAAACUUUCCAGGUUGGCAAAGAUUUCUCUUUUUUUGGAAGCAGGUGUUUUGGGAUGAGGGAAAGGCACUGAUCUAGGAAAGAUUUCUUCUUCACCUCUUUUUUCCCCCUCUCUCUCUCUUUAGCACAGAGGGGAGAAGAAUGGAGGGGGGGCAUUUCUAUAGGGGAGAGUGGGGAGACUGUCCUUCCUUGCGCACUCAGGCAGGUAACUCCACUUUCGCUUCCCCUGGGAGCUCGCCUCUUUAGCAUAGAGCAGGAGCGUGGCCCUUUGGCACUUCUGCCCGGUGGCUGGACCUACUCAGCCAAUUUGGAGCAGGUCGGGGGGGGCUUGGCUCCCCACCCCCUCAAUCCCCCUCUUUACAACAACGUCCCUUCCCAGGAUGCAAUAUUUGCCUGCGGUGGACACACAGCCCCAUAAAUCCCUUUCCACCCGCCCCAUAAAUCCCUUACUUUAAAAUUGAUUCCCAUCUUUCUGCUUUCCUAAAGCCAACAAAUGUCUUUCUCUCACAUAUACACACACAAACCCAUUUCUCUCUUUGUUUUUCUGAGGGGGCUGGGGGUGUAAUGUAGAAAACCAUCCUUUUUCAUGGUACAGAAUUAAGGGUUUCCUUUUCCAUCUUAUGGGUUUUUCCUCUCUUUUCCAGAUUAGUCAUACGUGCUUUGCGGUUGAUGCUGUUUUUAUUUUUCUCCCACGUUUCUUCCAUGGGGGGUUGGGGUUGGGAGGAGAAGCGUAACUCGCCUCCCUGGGCCUCUGUUUCACUCCCCCCGCCCCACAACCUCAGUUUCCUCUCCUUCCCCCCAUUUUUUUCGCUCCCUUUCUCCUCCCCCACCCCCACCCCUGACGAGCUCUUCUUAGCUUAACAAUACUUGCUGCCGAAACGUUAUAACUAAAGACUUUUCUUCGUUGUAUAUAAGCUAUUUCUUGACACAUUUAAAAAUAAAAAAAACGAAAACUGAAAAAAAAAGAAGUUUGGGGGCGGGGGUAUGGAAAAGCCGACAACAAAAAACAAACAAACCGGGGUGGGUAAAUUGUACAUUUGUGUAGAGAAAACAAAAACGACAAAAAGAGAAGACAGCUUAGCCAUGAAUAUUGUGAAAGUUGUUUAACGUCCUUUUUGUAGUGUGACCUUCUUUGUGUACGGCGUUUAAAAUGUGCAAAAGGCAGUUUCCUGGAGAUCGGGGGGGGGAGGGAGGAGGCUGGGGCGGGGCGCUAUGCAGCUCAUGUCACCCGCCCCACACGUUACCCACCCACACCCCCCCAAAAAAGCUGAAGCGGACUUGGUGGUAGCCAUCAUUUCCCCCAAAAGGUGCCUUUUCUUCCCCUUGUGUCAGAAGCAAGGAGUCCCACGAACUACCAGCAUGCACACGGACUUUGAGCCUUGGUAGAGGCCACAGGCCCAGGGGCUCCCUCCCCAUCCCUGUAACCCCCCCAACCCCAAGUUUUCACAAACGGGGGAAUCAAAUACUAGUAUUAAACUAUCAAUGUAUUUGCACUGUUUGUAACGAAUGCUUUAGGCUUGAGACAGCAUACACUUCUCUCGACUGUUCCUCAUCCGGCGUCCAGACACUCAGCUCCCACCGACCCCAAUUUCCAGGGGGAGACAGUACUUCUCCCUGCAUCUCCCCUUUCAACCAUUUGCUGAUCCCUCUCAGCUUCAUCGCCUUUCAUUCCUUCCGCCUCUCAGUGAUCCGUUUUCUAUCAUUCCCGCCCCCCCCCAAAAAAAACCCCACUCUGAAAUAUCAGUGACAUUCUAGGGACUGUUUGAUAUUCUUUCCCCUGCGCCCCAAGAAAGUGCAUCCAGGAUUUGAGUUCCUGAAAAUCUUGGGUUGUGUUUUUUUUAAUUAUGUGGACCGUGCAUCUAUCCCUCAUGGUUCCAGCACACCUGCGAAGGUUUCCACUCUCCAGGCGGGCAGAGAUUGUGCUCUGCUUCACUAAGCUUUUCAUCCAUAAGUGUGAGUGUGCAUGCAUGUACAUACAGGAAGGGAGAAUGUGACUCAUUCCACGUCAACCGGCCAAUGCCAAACAAGUUCAAAGCCCAUCGGCACAGUGGGGAAUAUCGGGCUUAAUGUCUCUCGUACGAAACCUCCGUCAGCUUCAGCUUUCUGGGGAUGGAAAGGUGUAAUAGAUUCUCUACGAAAGGCAAGCACUCCAGUAUCUUUGAGAUCCGUUGAGUGUGAAGAGAGCCGCUUAAAGGUCUUGUCCCAUCUUAAUUGGGAGCCUGAAGUCUUUGCAUGCCAGUAUGUUCUGAGUAGAGUCCUUAACUGUCAACCCCACCAAUUUAAUUGAGGGCCAUUCUCACGAGCUGUCUGACCCUCUUAUGGAGGGCUCUUCAAGAAAUGGGCCUUGUCUCUUAUCUACUUUGGAGAACAACAGUUCCAGAAGUGGACCAAAGUGUGCUGCUUUCGCAUCUUGUUCGGCCCUUCCUAAUGCCUUUUGUUUAUUUGCCCUUAAGAUUCCAGGGCGUCUGAUUCCUAACACUCCGGGGAAAGUUUGGUUCCUUUUUCCAAUGCUAUUUCAUUUCCCUUUGGACCAAGUCAGGCGUUUGGGAGUAGCUUUCUGACUUCUUGGUCGGUGUGCUCACUUCUUGAUUCUUUUUAUAAAGCCAAGCUUCUAGUCUUUAUGACAUUACUAAACUCAAGAGGACUCCAGCAUUUAAGGGCUGUGAUUUUUGCAGCCUGCCAUUACGGGUGCAUUCUUUGUGAGUUCCUGUCAUGCACUCCAACACCCCAAUAUCACCUCUCUUGGAAAUCUAUAUUUGAACCCCCAGGUGCGGAGGCUUCGAGGAAAAUCUGAGCAAAGCUGUUGUGAAACCAGAAUGUGUUCACCAUUGAUUUGAAGGAUCCUGUGUAUGUGUGUAUGUAUGUAUGUAACCUGAGGAACAGUAUCACGUUUUUAAAUUUUGGUGUCACAUGACGAGCCCCCAGAGCUGACUUAAUGAUCCAUCCCACAUUUGAUCUGCAGCAUGCUGGAUAACAUUGACUGGACUUGAUGGGUAGCCGAAAAGCACUUUCUCACCUUCCCAUACUUCCUGGAGUGUAGCCCUCCUGAUGUGCAGGUUGCAUGCAGUGCUGUUCCCACUUGGAGUAGACCCAUUGAAAGCAAUGGCCGUGACCAACUUAGGCCGCUUUUCAUUUCUGCGGGCUUGCUCUUGAGUAUACCUUAGGUGAGCACAACCCUGCAUCUUCACAUCUCUGGUCCUAGACCUCUCUCCCUCAACCAUUCAGCCGAUGGCGUGGUCCCAGUUCCCCCCUCUUCUGUCUCCUGGCCUGAAUUCAGAAACCCGCACCCCCAGUUGAGCAAAGUAUGCAGAGGCUUCUCCUGCGAAGAGGGUGGGAGAGUCAACCUGAUGAACAUCAGAUGGUCCCUUUGCCGCCUUAGGGGUGGUUCCGGCUGUGUGGGGAAGGAACGUGUGGGAAUCCUUCGUCCCUCCUGAUGUUGCUAAGCGACAGCUCCCAUCCCUAGCCAUUCACCGUGCUUGCUAGGGCUGAUGGAAGUUGUAGUUCAGCAACAUCGGGAGGGCCAAAGGAUUCCCACUUGUGAGGUGUGGACUCCUGGUGCCCUCCCUCACCUGAGCACUUCUUCCUUGGCCAACUCUUUUUCUGUACCCUCUCGACCUGCAGCCAUGCUCACCAUUCCUUGCACCAGGCAGUUGUCUAUGAGUCAACCUUACUCUAGCUCUUGGGAACCAGCCACCACCUCUUAAUAAAUACGCUCAUAAUUUCCCCCCUACUUAACCUCCACCUUCUCUUUCCCUCCACACUCCCAUUGUGGAUCCUGUAUCUCGUUGGGGUCCCCCCCAGCACAACAUGAUAUCUCCUGCAAGGAUCACAGCAAAUCCGGGGAGGUCAGUUGCAACCGUCCUACAGCCAUAUGUUACAGAGGCAGGGUUCAGCUUCACCCCCCUAUCCCUUCGGGUCAAGAGCAAUGGUUGUCUCCUUGCUGGGGCUGCCGGCUAUCAGAUCAAGGGCCUAACUUGCCAGAGAGGCCCUUCUUCCUCUCUUCCCCCCCCCCCAAAACAUCCCAUUUUGCCAUUCUCCCUCUUCAGCCUUCAAUUCCUCUAGCUCAGGUGGGAAGCUGCAGCCCUCCAGAUGUUGGGAACCUGUGGCCUUCCAGAUGUUGCUGCAAUGCAGCUCCCACCAUCCCUGGCCGUUUGGCGCACGGGCUGAAGCUGAUGGGAGCUGGAAGUCCGGCAACAGCCAGGGGGGAGCCACCGAUUCCCUGUCCCCACAGCACGAGGGGCUCACGGCACCACGAGUCGUUCCGUUGCAGGAGCAGGGUGUGCGUGUGUUAAAAAGACAAAAAAUUCACGAGGCUUAGCACACACACACCAAUUUGAAACCCGGGGCAGCGAGAGAUAGCUGAGCUCAGGAGGGAUCAGAGAGAAUUGCAGCUGCAAAUUAUCGGGGUGAAGGGGGGGGGAACCUUGGUGGAAAUCGGGCCUUUUGCACAAUUUUAAGAGGGCUUUUAAUUUUAAUUUUCCGCAUUGUGUUUUUGAAAAUCCGGUUUAAAAGGAGAAGGAAGGAAGAAGAAAAAAAGCUGUUUAAAUAUUGCCAAUUGAUUAUGCAGUGACCUGAUUAAAAAUAAUAAUAAUAAGCUAAUUUUUGGAGAAAGGAUUAAAAAAAAAACUUUGUAAUAUUUAUCACUUGCAAGCUAUGUUUAAUAAAGAAAGGAAUGGUUUAUA